GAUUAGUAACUAAUAAUAUUCAUAAUAUAGAUCUAUUUGUUUAAUUUUGCAUUUAUGUAUUUAUUCAGAUGAAUUACUGUGCAAAAUAAACACAAGAGUUCAAGAUGGGAAAGUUAAAUGUAAACAGGACUCUGCUUCCCUUGAAACUAACUUUAUUCUUCUACUCAGCAGCAGCAUAUUCUAUACUUCCUUAUCUCACAAUUCAUAUGAAAGAUAUAGGAAUAAGUGAUAUUGAUAUAGCUCUGAUCUAUACAAUUCUUCCAUUCUGCGUGUUUGUGGCUCCUCCGAUAGUUGGGUUCCUUGGAGAUAAACUUGGGAAUAUGUGAGGUAUUGAACUAGGGUUCCUUGGAGAUAAACUUGGGAACUAUGUGAGGGUAUUACAACUGAAUGUGAUUGGAUGUGGAGUAUUCCACACACUGCUUCUCUUAGUUCCUGUUAAUACUAGAAAUAUACAGUAUUCUUCAACCUCAGCUAUUCUAGUUGGAUCUGAGCUGAGACUGAGCUGGGAUACCUGCAAUAAUACUCAGAUCUUCUCUAAUCUACAGAACCUAACUCAAUACAGGGUUGAGCUCUUUAACUGUUCUCAGUCAUGUCAGGAGGACAUAGAUAUCUGUUCUCUCCUCUCCCCGCACUGUAUUCAGUCCUUGACUCCGGGUUCUAUGCAACUAGAAGGGUUGAUUUUAAAUCCUGUUAUGGAGAUGGAGGGAAGAGCAAACGUUGCUUUAGAGUUCGGAGCAGAUCCAUGCAGCGCAGAUUCAAGAUCUCAGGAACUGAAACUACCUGAACUCUGCUCACUCCAAUGUCAAGUUGAAACAGAUCUUAUCAGUUACUGUGUUGAAGAGGAAGGUGAGGGGAGGAUGGUCACCAACUUUGUUUACUUUAUCCUACGUGUCCUUGCCACGAUGUGUUUAGCCUGCUGCUUUAUCAUGCUGGAUGCGCAAACAAUACAGAUGUGUUCUCUAGAGGAGGAAGCUGGAAAUAAAGGAGCAUACGGGAGACAGAUCGUGUACCGAACCUUGGCUCAGGCUAUUGUUUCACCUCUGGUUGGUUUACUGAUGGAUACAAUAACUGAGCUGACUGGAUCUAUGAACUAUAUUGCUCCGUUUGUAAUCUGUGAUAUUCUUCUUCUGGGAACAAUUAUUUGUAUCUUCUUAAUAGACAAGGAUAUAGGGUUACCAAAGGAUUCAGAUACUUUUGGAGGAUUAAAGCUGAUUUUUAGUAACAUCUCCUGCAUCAUCUUCCUCGUCAUGAUGUUCGUGUGCGGGAUUAUGUUCGGGUUCGUCGAGACAUUUCUCUUCGUCUAUCUCAAGGAAGAUCUAGGUGCCCCGAUCUAUCUACUUGGAUUAACAAUUACUACCGGAGCUUUAAUCUCAAUACCCUUCCUCUACUACUCUGAUAAAAUAGUUGAUAUGUUUGGAACGGUUAAUAUCAUUAUAUGGGCUCUACUCAUGUAUGGUGUAAGGUAUGUUGGAUACUCUUUUAUAAACUGCGCUUGGUAUGCUUUUCCAUUCGAAGGUCUAGAGGUCUUCACAAUAUUCAUGCUCAGUGUAGCUCAAGCUAAAUAUAUCAAGGCAUUUGCUCCCCCUGGAACUCUGGCAACCCUGACCGGUUUGACCGGCGGAGCACACUACGGGUUCGGGAAAGGUAUCGGAGGUUUAGUCGGAGGAGUUCUCAAGGAUCAACUACAAAGUACAGCACUUGCCUUCAGAAUUUUCGGAAUUGCUGCGUUUGUAUUCGGGAUCAUCUAUGCUGUAUUCCAUGGAGUCUAUGGACGGAAAGUGGACGCACAGAGACAGAUUAAACUAGAGCUUCAAUUAAACCUAGAGAAAGAGAACAAAGAACCGUUUCUAUCAGAGAAGAUGAUUUAUAAACAGUCAAAAGCUACAAAAGUUUGAAAAGUUUUACAGUUAGUAAAAAUAUAUUAUAAAAUUAAAUGAACAUAAAAAUGUAUUUGACAAUUCUGCAGUGUAAAAUCUUGCAUAUUUAAAGAUUUAAAGAUAAAUGAAUAAAAAUAAAAUUUUAUAAUU